AUGAGGAAACCAAAGUCAAAGAAGAAGGUCCAUGCAGAGGAUGAGGAAACGCCACCACAAUACGAAAUUGGAGGUUCAUCUUCACUGGACCUUCGUCUACCUCCAAGACUUUUCGCGACGGACAGGUUCCCCACCAGGCAUCUCAACAUUUAUUCCUCCCCGGAUCUUCUCCCUUUUAUUCGCAACGUCCUUCGAGACACGCCGGAGUUGGAAACCAUCCGUCAGUCCUGUUUCGAGAAGCUCUUCGACCUCCCUGCUCGUCAAUGCCCAGUGUCGUGUAAGCUGAUCCACGCGUUUCUCACUCGUCAGCUAGUAUGUCUCCCCAAGAACACGCUUUGGUCUGCAUUUGGUGGUUCUCCUUUCCGAUAUGGUCUUGAGGAAUUUGGCACUGUCAUCGGCCUCCCGUGUGGUUCCUACCCUGAAAGAUACACGCCCAACACCUGUAAAGCUAUUGUCGCCGGCAAAGAUAGAGUAUGGAAGAGACUCUUUGGAAAGAAAAAAUAUGUGACGAUUGCUGAUCUAUGUCGGAUGCUUGAGACCGACAAAGACAUGGAUGGGUGGAAUAAGAUAUGGAUUGCUCUCACUAUCAUUGUCGACGGCGUUCUUAUCGCUCACAAACAAGAAGCACGCCCUACUCCUCGUUAUGUUAGGAUGGUUGAAAACCUCAAAACAUUUUUUGCUUUCCCUUGGGGUAUAGAGUCUUUCCUCAAGACCAUCUCAUGCAUGAAACCACCAAAGUUUGUCCCCAAAAAAUGUGAAGAUCCUGUUGCUACACUUGUCAAGAAGCUCAAGCAGCGCAGUUUCAGAUUACAAGGCUUCCCACUUUCACUACAGCUAGUGGCAUUUCGUGCGAUCCCCCAGCUUCUGGAUUAUAUACCGGCUCCAUUAAACAACCUCACAGUGAUGGACUUGGAAGAUGGUAAUCUACCACAGCACAAGUCAAUCAAUGCCAUCCACAUCCGCCGCGUCGAAUUUGACCCCAAUCUGGUAGUCACUCCUAUUAUACCCAUCGAAAGCCAGCCACAGCCAGGAUGGGGACUGUUUCCUGACGAUGUCAAGGACGACAGUGUUAUCUACUUGGAAUAA